AUGGACAAAAUGAAAGUAGAUAUUCUGGGAAAAUCAGAAAUGAGAUGGCCAAAGUCAGGAGACUUUUGGAGCGGAGACCAUAGAAUAAUAUAUACAGGUGCAUCAGAGAAGAAACCUGGAACAGGAGGAGUAGGCAUUAUAAUGAAUAAAACUUUAGGAAAAAAAGUUAAAGGCUAUAUACAAUAUGACGAUAGAAUCAUUCUAGUCAAGUUCCAGACGAAACCAAAAGACACAAUAGUAGUUCAAGUGUAUAUGCUGACAUCAAAUAGUAACGAUGAAGAGGUGGAAGAAGUAUACGAGAAUAUAGAUAAAAUAAUUGAAAAUGUUAAAGGGGAAGAGAAUCUGGUAGUAAUGGGUGAUUGGAAUGCCGUUGUAGGGGAAGAAAAAGUUAAUAACGUAACAGGCACCUAUGGGUUGGGAAAGCGAAAUGAAAGAGGAGAACGAUUAUUAGAAUUUUGUGCAAAACAUAACUUAAUAAUCACAAACACCUGCUUCGAUCACCAUCGAAGAAGAAGAUACACGUGGAAAAUGCCUGGAUACAUAAAUAGAUACCAAAUAGAUUACAUCAUGGUUAAGAACAGAUUUAAAAAUCAAGUAAAGGAAAGUAGGAGUUACCCAGGAGCGGAUAUAGAUAGCGACCACAAUCUAGUAAUGAUGAAAUGUGAACUUAAAUUUAAAAGAAUAAUGGGUAAAAAGAAGGAAAUAGCGCAAUGGAAAAUUAAAAAUCUGAGAGAUGGAAAAAUAAGCAAAAAAUAUAAUGAAGAUACUAAUGGUGUAAUUAUUGAAGAAUCCCAAAAUAUUAAAGAAAGAUGGCAGAACUUGAAAGACACAAUUACAUUGGCUGCAACGACAACUUUAGGAAAUAGCAACAAUACAACGAGAAAGGAAUGGAUUACAAUGGAAAUAGUCAACAUGAUAGAGGAAAGAAGGAAAUACAAGAGUUCGAGCAGUAUAGAUGGACAGGAAAAAUACAGAGUACUGAGGAAUCUAAUUAUUAGGAAAUCGAGGGAAGCAAAAGAAAAGUAUUUAGAAGAAAAGUGUAGUGAAAUAGAAACCCUCAUGAAGACAGGAAGUAGUGAUGAAGCAUAUAGAAUGGUGAAAAUGUUUUUUGGCCAGCAUAAGCCUCGAGCAGGGGGAAUAGAAGAUAACAACGGAAGAAUGCUCUAG